AGUACCUUUUCUAGCGACAAGGCAAUUAAAAUCUCUGUGCCUAGCUCAUUUUUGUGAUGGCAAUGGCAAUGGCUUUCCUUCCUCCUUGGCUUCUUGUUUCCUUGCUAAUUCUGCUACCGAUUUCUACUGUUGCUCAAAGUAAUGGUAACAUUACAGCUGGAGCUUCUCUCAUUGCAGGUGCCAAUAGGUCUCCAUGGCUAUCUCCUUCUCGUGAUUUUGCCUUUGGAUUUAGCCCACACAGUGAUAGGGAUUCCUUCCUACUUUCCAUCUGGUUUGCUAAGAUACCAGACAGGACCAUAGUUUGGUAUGCAAAUGGAGAUAAGCCUGCUCCACGGGGAUCAAAAGUGGAGCUUACUGCUGACCGUGGCCUAGUACUUACUGGCCCUCAAGACCAACAGUUAUGGAGCUCUCAGACCAUUAUUGGUACUGUAGCUUCUGGUGUUAUGACCGACGAAGGGAACUUUGUGCUUCAAGAUAGAGAAUUUACUACGGUAUGGGAGAGUUUCAAUAGUCCCACGACUCCCACCGAUACGCUGUUGCCUACACAAAAUCUGGAAAGGGGAGGGGUGCUUUCAUCUCGACAAUCAGAGACCAACUUUUCCACAGGGAGGUUUCGGCUGCGUUUGCAACAAGAUGGAAAUCUUGAGCUUUUUACCGUAAACUUGCCGACCGACUACGCUAACGAAGCAUACCAUACUAGUAAGACCACUUCCGCCGAUGAUCCUAUUGCAUCAAGUCCCGGUCGAGAAUUGGUCUUCAACAAAUCAGGCUACAUGUUUAUUUUGAGAGAGAAUGGCCAACGAGUCAAUCUAACACAGGUACAACAGGUAGAAUCAAGUGCUGAUUUCUACUUUAGAGCAACUCUUAACUUUGAUGGAGUUUUUACCCUAUAUUCUCACCCAAAGGCUUCCAACAGCAACAGAAGCUGGAGUCCUCUCUGGUCUCUACCAGAAAAUAUCUGUGUUACCAGUCGUGUUAGCGAAGGUAUUGGCGUUUGCGGGUAUAACAGUAUCUGUACUCUGAAGGCAGAUGGAAGACCGAUGUGUGGAUGCCCCAGGGGAUACUCCUUACUCGAUCCAGAUGACCAGUACGGUAGCUGCAAACCGGACUUCAUACAAGGCUGUGAAGAAGACAGGCUAAGCCCCCCUGGAGAAGAUCUUUAUACUUGGGAAGACCUAACAAAUACAGAUUGGCCAACCUCUGACUACGUGCUGUUGAGCCCUUAUACUGAAGAUAAGUGCAGACAAUCUUGCCUGGAAGACUGUAUGUGUGCUGUUGCCAUUUUCAGAUUAGGUAAUAGCUGUUGGAAGAAGAAGCUACCUCUCUCAAACGGGAGAGUAGAUCCUAGCCUUAACGGGGGGAAAGCUCUCAUCAAAAUCAGGAAAAAUAAUUCCACCCUGCCGGUGCCGGUUCCUCCUUCUGAUCGGUAUCCAGAACCAAAGAAGAAGAACCAGGAUACUUUGAUCCUCAUUGGGUCAGUGCUUCUUGGUGGUUCUGCCUUUGUUAACGUAAUAUUAAUUGUAGCAGUUUGUCUAGGUUUCUCCUUCAUUUACCACAACAAGCUACAAAAAAUUAUCGCAAAUGCUAGUAGUGUGCAAUUGAAUUUGCGUUGUUUUACUUACGAAGAGCUUGAAGAAGCCACAGAUGGAUUUAAGGAAGAAUUGGGAAAGGGGGCUUUUGGUGUUGUUUACAAAGGAACAAUACGAAUGGGUUCUAGCGUUCAUGUGGCAGUCAAGAAGUUAAAUAAUUCGUUCCAAGAUAGUGAGAGAGAGUUCAGGACAGAAGUGAGUGUGAUUGGCCAAACACAUCACAAGAACCUGGUUCGAUUGCUUGGAUUUUGCGAUGAGGGCCAACAACGGCUGCUGGUAUACGAAUUCUUGAGCAAUGGCACUUUAGCAGGUUUUCUUUUUGGAGACCUGAAACCCAGUUGGAAUCGAAGAAUCGAAAUUGCUAUUGGGAUUGCAAGAGGACUCUUGUAUUUACAUGAAGAGUGCAGCGGCCCGAUCAUCCAUUGCGAUAUAAAGCCUCAGAACAUACUCCUUGAUGACUAUUAUAACGCUCGGAUUGCCGACUUUGGAUUGGCAAAGCUUUUGAUGAUGAACCAGAGCCAUACCAAUACUGCCAUUAGAGGAACCAAAGGUUAUGUUGCACCUGAUUGGUUUAGGCACAUGCCGAUCACAGCCAAGGUGGAUGUUUAUAGCUACGGUGUCAUGCUACUAGAGAUCAUUUGCUGCCGAAAAAGCGUAUGUAUGGAGUCGGAUUUGGAAGACAAAGCAAUUUUGACUGAUUGGGCUUAUGAUUGUUAUCAGGACGGAACACUAGAUGCUUUGGUUGAAUAUGAUGUGGAGGCGUUGGAUGACCGAAAGAGGAUGGAGAAGUUUGUGAAGGUCGCUAUUUGGUGUAUUCAGGAGAACCCAUCUCUUAGACCAACCAUGAGGAAGGUCACACAGAUGCUCGAGGAAGUUGUCGAAGUUCCUGUUCCACCAUGCCCCUCCCCUUUUAGCAGGCCAGGUUGAAGCAGCAUAUAUUACUUCUUCUGCUAAGCUUACAGUUACUAUAUUUGUCUUACUACUCUUUUAACUCUUUUUCAGUCGAUCAUCAUGAGAUCUAUUGUUCAUAUAUAGAUAUUAUUUGUAUUUUAGCAUGAACUGAUAAUAAAUUACUUCUGUAGUCGAUCUCUGGAUUGAA